AUGACCCCACCAGCUCCCAAUGCAGCUGACGGGCUGCCUCAUCCUCCUCAUCCCUUCAUGUUCCGUAUGCCUUUUGACCGGCAACAUCAAAUGCCACCUGCGCCAACACUUAGCCCUUUUAACCGUCCCCCCACGGGUCCGGAAUUUCGCUUGGAUUUAAUGAAUGAUCCAUUUCAUUCGAGAAAUGUCCAAGGCCUUUCAAAUCUUUCAUCCGCAUUCGAUGUGCCAGCACCUUUUCCUACACCGUUUAAUGACCGGCCUCGAAUAAUGGAAACUAUAGACUUUUACUCGCAGCGUCUUCGUCAGUUGGCAUCCACUCAGACACCUCCCUUACGGAAGCCAACACCCCCUUUUUCACAGCCUUCUUCAACAUUCACAUCGAUAACACCAACUCCAUCGCAUUCACAAGAACCCUUACCGAAGAACUUAAGCCCUGCAAGUAAGUUGAAAUCAUGUGAGUUUUGUGGAAAGUGUUUUCGGUUUCAAAGUAAUCUUAUUGUCCAUCGAAGAUCUCACACUGGCGAAAAACCCUUUAAGUGUCCUCUAUGUCCACAUGCAUGUACGCAAGCUAGUAAGCUGAAACGGCACAUGAAAACCCAUAUGAACAAGUCUCCUUUGAGUAGCAUGUCGCAAACUUCAAACAUAUCUAAUGCCUCUGAGGGGAGUCUUCCUUCUAGUAGUAGUACCCCAGACUCAAACAAACACUUGAUAAAACACGACGAUUCUAAUAUUGAUCUAGACAACGAAGAAGAAAAUGACGACGAGGAGGAGGAAGAGAUGGAAGAGGAGCUUGAAGAUGAGGAGGAUCUGGAGGGAAUUGACGAGGUACACAACGGAUCUCCUAAUCCGAUCGAUUGUCACGUGGAGAAAAACUCUGAGAUAUCAUCUCGGCUCCAGGACCGCAGGACCCCCAACGAAAGGACAAGCACAGUAGGUGAAAAGUCUUCCUUGCUCAGUGAAGUGAUGGAAAACACGGGCUUGAACAACAUUCAACAGUAUAACGAGGCAUUCCAGCAGGCCCUGGCGGAAAAUAUACAAAACAAGGACACGAAAACGGAGGAAAAUUGUUCUGAGGGCACAGAGAACGAAAUACACCUUCCUGGUCAGAGAGAUCAAAAUCUUUUUCUUUCCCCUUCUUUUUCCUUCUUUUUUCUUCUUUUCCUUUUCUCUUUUUCUUUUCCUUCUCUUUUUCAUUUUACUCUUCUCUUUUUCUUUUCCUCUCCUCUUUUUCAUUUUCCCUCCUCUUUUUCAUUUUCCCUCCUCUUUUUCAUUUCUUUUUUAAAUGCCAUCAAAUAUGUCAAUUUAUUUUCUCUCUCUUUCUCUCUCUCUCCUCUUUUCCAAUAUUUGUGA